AUGGCAAAUGUCCAGAGCCGGGGCAGAUAUCAAGCCAAUCCGGCCAUAUUCCUUAACACAUCCAGCUGGGAUGUAAGCCUGUAUCGCGAGCACGUCGAUACGGGCGCGCAUUUGCAGCAUAUGGGGGCCUGGACGCCUUCCAUAUCACCAAGUCAGUCUAUCUGGUCAUCCAAACUUGGAUUCUAUGGGCCACAGUUGCCAUCGGCUAUCCGCCUUGUCACAUCAGGCAGUUUUCAUGACGACGUCUGCGGACUCUUGUACCGAAUGUCGCUUGGUGACAACAGCGUGCCAUCUCUCUCUCUUCGCCACUCCAUGAAUGCAAUCUCAUUAUUGUCUCUACACAAAUCGAACGAGGCACUCAAAUACAAGAUUCUUGCAAUUUCGUAUCUUAAAGGUGCCCUCACACAGGGCCUCGAUAACAAAUCUCGGCCCCAAGCUAUUGCAACUAGCUUGCUUUUGACGUUAUAUGAGGUUCUCAGCCAUAGUGGCAAGACCAAUGAUUGGUCAGUUUACUUUGACGGUUGCAUGAAGAUUGUCAACUCUGGCUUCAAUAUCCAUCGCAAAUAUGCGGGAGACUGUGCGAUCCUCCUAAAUUGGGUCCGCUACCAUAAAGUGCUAUAUAAAUUUAGCAUAAAACAUUGGCAACAGCGCACUCCACAAAUGGAAGUAAUGGCCAAGUCAGACAUUCUCGUUUCUGAUUCAGCAUACGACAUAGAUAUCAUAACUAUGCAUAACAUGCUUGGCUGCUCUCCCGAAGUCUUGGAUUUCCUGAGCGAGGCAAUGGAUCUCGUUAGAAAUAGGGACGAUCCGAGCUACUUAUCAAUCAAACGCCUACGGGCUAUUAACGAACUUGAAUUGCGGCUCAAAAGAAUCGACGACUUACGCGACUGUUUUGAUGUGGGAGAAGAGGAUAUUACUAUCAGUAAGGUGUCAGAAAGCAUGAACGAUAGAUUGUUCCAGUUUGCUUUGAUCAUAUAUGUCGACCGGGUAGUCAAAGGUGCCUUCAUGUCCUCAUCAACCUCCCAGAACGCUGCCGCUAAGGCGUUUGCCCUUUUGGAGAAGAUCCGACUAUACGAUAGGCCUUUUCCUCUAUUCAUUCUGUCUAUCCAAGCAGAAACUGAUGAGCAACGACUGCUGAUUCUAUCUACAAUCCACCGAACAAUGGAAGCAAGACCAAUGAAUAACCUGGGGUCUACGGAGGAAAUGAUUAAGAAACUUUGGGCUCAGCAGGACUUGCAGGGACCCGAACAAGCGGAUGCCCUCUUCCUGCUCAACGCUGUGAUCAGCGCCAACAGCAUGCCGCCAACCUUCACCUCACCUUUCGUAAUCAAUGCGAUAACGGGCGCCAACGCUGUGCCGUUCUUAUCUAUUUGA